AUGGGAGCUGUUAUUGAAAAGUGUUCUGACUGCCUCCCAACAAAAAGAAAAACUAAAGGUAGAGGUCAAAGACUUGGCUCUGGCCCUCCAACACAACCACUGAAAGAACGGCAACAGGCAGCUGCUGCUGAAGCUGCCGAACGACGUGCAAAACAAGCACAAAAACGUGGUGUACAAAAAGGAGGAGGAAAAUUAAGUAAAAAAUUAGAAGACCAAAAAACUUCUAGUCAAGCUGACGAACCACCAGAUGCAAAUCUUCAAUGGAGAAGUGAUUAA